AAGUUGGUUGUUCUAUCUAGGAAGAAACAUAAUUAAAAAAAAUACAAAAAAAAAAAAAACUCAUUUUUGCUGGUAAACAAAAUUACAUUUUGUUCAUUAUUCUUCCCUUUUUUUUUUUGAACUCCCUUUCUUUGGCUUGACAAAAAAAUUUCGGCAAAAAUGAAUCGUUCAAUUAUUCCUCUCCUUUGUUCCUUCCUCUUCCUCUCCGCCUCCUCGGCCUCCGCCUUUAAUGUCACAAAAAUCCUUAGCCAAUAUCCCGAUUACACCAAUUUCAAUGACCUGAUAUCGAAAACUGGCUUAGCUAGUGAAAUCAACGCGAAGUCAACAAUCACACUCUUAGCUAUCCCUAAUGGUGCAAUUGGUGAUCUUACCUCGAAAUCAAACGAUGUUGUCAAGAAGAUCUUGACAACACACAUCGUUUUGGACUACUACGACACGAUGAAACUUCAAAAAUUGAAGGACAAGACUAGUAAAUUAACAACCAUGUUUCAAGAAUCUGGUAAAGCAUCAAAUGAUCAAGGAUUCUUGAAUGUUACUGCUAAAGACAACACGUUCGUGUUUGGAUCAGCUGUUAAGGACGCUCAACGCGAUUCAAGACUAGAGAAAUCCGUCAUGAAUCAGCCUUACAACAUCUCAAUUCUUGGUAUUUCUCAACCCAUUGUCACACCUGGUAUUGAUUCACCACUUUCACCAUCAUCAGCACCAUCACCAAAGGCGAAUACGCCUAAAAGUUCUCCACCAAAAGCAGAGUCCCCUGCUGAAGAGGAAGCAGAGGCCCCUACUGAGGAAGAUGAAACAGAGGCCCCUGCUUCCUCUAAGGAUGCCGAUUCGCCGUCCGCUGAUUCACCACCAGCUGAUGCUCAAGCACCAUCAUCAUCAUCUGCUGACAAAUUGAAGAUUUCUUUUGGUUUCUUUGUUGUUUUGGCAUCAAUGGUUGCAGUCUAUUGAAAAAAAAGUUAAGAGUUCGAGUUCGAUUUCUCAGAUGGUCACUCAAUCAAGUCAUUUUGCUGGUUGAAAAAAAAUAUCAGAACAAUUUUCUUAGAUAAUAACUAUUAGUUGAUCAUAUGAGAAAUCGAUUCCUAUUAAAAAGGGUUUUUGGUGUUGGAUUGUAGAGAGGCAAAAAUAAAUUGCUGAUAAAUCAUAUUGUACACAAGAUUUUUUUAGAUAUUAAAACUAAUAUUGUGAUUUUCCAAAAUAUAGAAAGAAGGAUAUGUUUAUUAUUAAAA